AUGUCUGAGUCUGUUGCUGCUGCUGCCUCUGAUCCCAAGCCUAUUGCUACUACUGACGAUGGUUACUUAUCCCAGGAAGAUGAAGUUUUUGAUGGUAACGAUAUUGAAAAUAAUGAAGGUAAAGUUUAUGAAGAAUCACUAGACCUGGAUCUUGGCCAAAGUAGUAGACAAAUUUGGUUGGUUCGUUUGCCUAUGUUUCUUGCAGAAAAAUGGAGAGACAGAAAUAGUUUGCAUGGUCAAGAAUUAGGUAAGAUUAGAAUUAAUAAGAAUGGUAGUCAAAUUAAAUUGAUGUUAAAUGAAAAUGAUAAUGAUGCUAUACCGCAUGAAUAUGACUUGGAAUUGACCAAGAAAGUUGUAGAGAAUGAAUUCAUCUUUACAGAACAAAAUUUGAAGAAAUAUCAACAACGUGAAAGGGAAUUAGCUGCUGAUCCUGAAAAGCAAAGACAAGCAUAUUUAAAGAAGCAAGAACGUGAAGAAGAGUUAAAAAAGAAACAACAACAACAAAAACGUAAAAACAAUAGAAGAAGAUUUAAUCAUAGAGUCAUGACCGAUAGAGAUGGUAGAGAUAGAUAUAUUCCAUACGUGAAGACAAUCCCAAAGAAGACAGCAAUUACAGGUACUGUUUGUCACGAAUGUCAGGUCAUGCCAUCUAUGAAUGAUCCAAACUACCAUAAGAUUGUUGAAGCUAGAAGAAAUAUUGUUAAAUCUAAUAACAAGGAGAAGAUUACUACAUUGGAUGAGACAGUCGGUGUUACCAUGAGCCAUACCGGUAUGUCAAUGAAAUCUGACACAUCUAAUUUCUUGAAAGUUGGUCGUGAAAAGGCUAAGAGUAAUGUGAAAUCAAUCAGAAUGCCAAAGAAAGAAAUUUUGGACUAUUUGUUCAAAUUGUUUGAUGAAUAUGAUUAUUGGUCCUUAAAAGGUUUGAAAGAACGUACAAGACAACCAGAGGCUCAUUUGAAAGAAUGUUUAGAUAAGGUUGCUUCUUUAGUUAAGAAAGGUCCAUAUGCAUUUAAAUAUACCUUGAGACCAGAAUAUAAGAAACUAAAGGAAGAAGAAAGAAAGGCAACAUUAGGUGAAUUAGCAGAUGACCAAACCGGUGAUUCUCAACAAAAUUCCGAUGGCACCAAUAAUGGCGAAAAUGAAAAUGAGAAUGAGGAGAUCGAUGAUGAAAUUGAAAUGGAAGAUGUUGUUUAA